UGUGCAUCACAUUAUAACGCCAGUUCCCUCAAGUUCUGUGGCGGAAUAAACGGAAAUUUGCACGCCCUUGAAUAUUCAAAAUCUGAUCGCGACCUGCCGUGGCAAAAUGAUUCAUCGAAUCUCGGCAGAAGACUUGAUUCUUCAGAAAAGUGCUAGUCAGCUGGACGACAGUUGUUCGAUAGCCAGCUCUUUUACUCUUCAAGACCGCGUGGAGGCAAUCCAGCAAUCCAGUGAGGAAUUUCACGAAAUGGUCAAAAAAGAAAUGAGAGAAAAAGGCAUCGAUAGAAGCCAGGCAAUGGACUUAGUUCGCCUUCAGAGACUUAUAGAUUUCUGUGAUACCAAAGAAAACACAGCACUCUACCUACUGCAGGAUUGGAAUUAUGAACCUCAGGUUUGCAGAUUUCUUAGGCUUCUCUGCAGUUCUGGGGUGAAUUUGAAAGAUGUGGUAGAUUUCCUUCACAAUACACCAUUACACAUAGCUGCUACGAAGAAUUUCAUUUCCCUCGCCAAGUUUUUGAUUGACAGCUAUCCUUACAUGCUCGUGGCCAUAAACGGACAGAGCGAGCUGCCAGUUGAGACUGCAAUAAGACACAGUCAGGAUGACGUGGCAGCAUUCCUUAUAAGGAGAAUGGAUCAUAGAAGAGUCAGAAACUUGUUCAAAGCCAAGAAGGAAAGAAAAGCUGCAAUAAGUUUGGUGAAACUAACCGAAGAGUUUAGGAUGCAGAAAACAGUCUUAGCUGUUUUAGACUGUCUUAUUUCACCCCGAUGGCCACACCCACCCUGUUUACCGUCUGACAUUGUGCCAUGUCUGUCAUGGGAACAUCUACACGACAAGCCUACUCACUUUCACGUGACUUAUGAUAUCCUGGAAAGUGACGUCAAUGGGAGAUUCCCGGAUGAUCCAGACUACGAAUACACACCAAAGUCUUUUUAUUAUAACUUGACAAAGCACUUCCAACAGGAUCUAAACAAGGAAAUUUUAAACCACGUUGUAAUCAAGUUGCUGACGGAACGAAAGUGGGAAAAGUAUGCCGCGUUUUGGUUCAGGGUUAGAUUUUUCAAUUAUUUGGUUUUCCUGGUGGCUCUUUCUGCGUCCUUCAUGAGUGCUGCAACGUCAGACGAUCCGCUGGAUUACAAAAGUGCUCCUGGUAGAAAAAGUCUGGAGAUAUUGUUGAGCUUGAUGACAUUAUGGUUCAUUAUUGAUGAAAUUUCCGAGUUAAAACGAGAACCACUAGCUUACGUCAAAGACUACUUUAACUACCUGGAUCUGUCUGGAUACUUCUUAAUUGUGGCGACAUUUGUUUUCCGAUAUCCCGGAGGUGAUGCACAAUGGAUCUUUGGUUCUUUGGCAAUAAUGAUCAACUUUGUUGGGAUCUUCAAGUACUCAGUUGGGGACAGAUACAUCGGUCUUUACAUAAAAUGCCUUGGCAUGGUCAUCUACAAAGAUAUUCCAAGGUUUCUCGUUGUGUUCACCAUCAUCCUGCUAGCGUUUUCAAUCUCAUUUUACAUUGCACUUAAGGCUGGCAACUUCAAUCUCGGAAGUGCACUGGGCAGCGAAUUUGCACUAUGUAAAAAUGUAGGAUGUGUGAUGUUGGCUGGUUUGAAAACAUGGCUGGAAGGUUCCUCUGUUGUACGUAGCUUGCCAACUGCUGGUUGGCUUGGGGCAUUACUGGCAAUAUUUUUCAUGAUGAGUGUCGUCAUUAUUCUUAUGAACGUGCUGAUCGCUCAGCUCUCGUUGACGUAUGAGAUGGUUCAAGAGGAGUCGCUUCUUUCUUUCUCUGUGCUACGAAUGCAGUCUGUGGCGACUAUUGAGUGGCAGAGCCGCUUUAAAUACUGGAAUCUCAGAAAGAAGUAUUACGUACCCGGGGAAAUCAAGAGCAGAGAGGAAGUCGAAGAAAUGAUGAAACAGUAUCGGGAAAGCACGAAUCCGACAUCACCCACAGCCUAUGAAAAGUGGCACGUUCAAGAGCCGAGCAAAGUCCACGUUUUUUAUGAAGGCCCUAUUGAACAUAAAAAUCUCUUCACUCCAGUACUAAAAGAAACCGGAUCACUCCGACAUUAAUUAGUAACUCGACUAUUAUUUUUUUCACAAAAGCUAUGUUAAAGUCCAUUGGAAUUUUUCUGUAGAGAGUCGAAGAUCAUCCAGAGAAGGUUUUAAUUAGUCUAGCUCUGCGCUUGGAAAAUAAUCGUGCUAAUCUCUUGUCCAAUCCUCGGAAGUGCAUUUCUUUAAGUUGAACUUUUGCGAUGGUUUUCCGUCAUAUUAACUUUAGUCUCGACUGGCACUUUGUUUUUGUCAGUUAACGUCACCUACUUGAGAAGCGCCAACGGGCUAAAAAGUUAAAAAAAUUUCUGGAGGGAAAUAAUACUUAAUAAUUAUAAUCAUCUCAGUAAUGGUUUAAAGGGCCUAACUUAAAAUAAUCGGUCCUUUUUUACCGAACCA